AUGUUUCCUUACGAUCUGUCGGAUACGAAUCUUUUGACACAGAAUUCUUACUCGAAUGAGACCAGCCCCAAAAACCAUCGGAUACAGCUUCUGGACUUCGCCGUGGUCUUCACAUACUCGACAUCUACUCCCGAUGUACACUUGAACGUCAAUCGCUUCAGUAUCGACUGGCAGGAAGGAAUAAUCAAAGGGUUAAAGCCUACAAAAAUGUUGAGGCGAAACAAGGCCGUUAAGGUCCUACUGGAAAAGGCCUUCCAGAAAGCGAAAAGCGAGAGCCUCCCUUCCAAGUCCAAUGGGUCAAUAGUGCUACCUGCAAACCCAUCCCCUCCACCAAUUGAUCAGCAUCUUCCCGAGUCUCAAAGUCGCCCUCAUCAUGACGUGCAGUCACAGCAAAUGUUCUCUCAGGUCCAAUCUCACGGUCAAGAUGUGGUGCAUCACACUUCAAACAUGGACCGCCGUCUCCAGCAUGGGGCCAACGAGCUUCUUCACCAUCUUGGACCGUCUUCUCGACCAAACUCAAGAAACCUAGCAGUACCAUCAAUGGAGCGACAGGAGCAGAAAAUCGGCUCUACGACAACUAGGGGUCCUCUUCGUGUCCUUGCAGAUGGCGAACCCACUGCGAAUGGUGUCCGGCGAUCGGCAUCUCCGUCUGAGGAUCGCUCUAGUCGAGAAAACUCCAUCUCGUCGCAGCCGCAACACAACACUAGGAAUGCACACGAAAGCCUAGAGGUGUGCAGCCCUCAAUUAGCAAAGCGAUCUCCGCAAAAAGCUCAGCAAGGACCAACAUCUCCUUUGCUGAACCCAGGCGAGAUUGCUAACACUCAGCUCCCUUCCAAAAACGCCAGUCGCUCGCCUUCCCGAAAACGACAUCGUGAGAGUGCGGAAGUCCAAUCCGAAGUUGCUUCCGAUGAUAGUUACUCUCGUCGACCAACUCAAGGGGUCAAACUGGGCUCCCCAUCCAGGAAAAUGCAGCGAAUUGAAGAGACUACCCAGGAUAAGUCACCAGGAGCGGUCUCUUCUGAUCAGCGGGCAGUCGAAGUAUCUCAUUCCAAGAGGAAUCAAGGAGCUGAGCCGAAUCUCAAAUCUGCAAUUGAUCAGCCGUCAGUUCGAACAAACCCAUGGCAAGGGCUCUCCGCAAUCCGUGCGAGUGAUGUCAAUAUUCCCAAGGACCAGGCCGAACUCCUGGACCAAGAUCUUUGCUGGAUUCCGCCAAUUCCGGGCAAUCCUGAACCUCGUGGACAUGUGCCACCUUGGCUUCUUAAGCAGUGGAACCACAUUGCUCGGCAGAGGCAUGAACUCAGCCAUGAAGACCCGGAUAACAUACGAAAAGAAGAAAGGCCCGCAACUCCAGCCUCGAGCCAAGAAUCAAUUCUAUCCACUGCAAGCGAAUCAGCCGAAAGUGAGCCAGAGGAUAAUUACCCGUGGGAUGGCAGCUCCCCAGUCGGGGGACAUCAAAAUCUGCCACCAGAAAGCAGCCCCAUACGGCAACCGAUGUCAUUACGAAGAGAGCCAACUCCCAAGGCCAGCAGCCAAAGAAAAAGUCGUGAUGAUUUGCCCCAAACCACUCAGUCGCAAGAGAACUCGCAGCCUCUGAUGCAAGUUACUGGUCAACUGACCGCGCCUGAGACCUCGGUUCCGGGGGCUACUACCUCAGCUAGGCGUGGGAAAUCGAACUUGGAUCCUUCGAUGGACUCAACCGAAGGCAGGGCGAAAGACCUGGAUGGUUCUGGCCAUGUAGAGAUGCAAGGUUCCUCUGCUGAUCUCGAGGGCCCAAGGUUAGAUCAGGCCCCAUCUGUUUCCGAGGAAGGAUCAUCCACAAACUCCGACGUGUCAGAGUCUGUUGAUGAACAAGCCGAUGAUGAUAUGCAAUCUGAAGAUGCUAGUGAUGAGGACUCAAUAAUGGAAAAUUCGGUUCCUUUCGCUUUGGGCGAAAGCUUGCCGCCUACACAAUGUGGUCAGGCCGAGGAAGAUGUUCGAAGCGAGGCUCAACCCCUUUCUCAGUCCGUCAUAGAUAAUGUUCAGGUCGCUGUGACUCCUCUGGUGGGGAACAGUCGACCACAAGGCAAUCUAGGCAACGAUCAGGCAAAACCCGACUCUCCGCACCUGCAGUUCUCCUCUCAAAGCAACAAACAUUAUUCGCAAUCUAGAGUUCCGAACACAUACCCUUACCCGGGUAGCCAUGAGAAGAGUCUGUCAUCUGAUGGCCCAACAACUUCAUCCUCACUUCGUUCGGAAGUUUAUGCGUCUCAAGCGGAAAUCGCCGUGCCUCAGACUCAGUCCAGUGGCACAAACUACCAAUCACAAGGCACAUAUGACCCUUCAGCGCACGAAGUCGUGCUCGAGUCUUCGGAGCCCAGCCAGUGCCACCACGACGGUCCUCGUCUGGAUUCAAAUCCCCCCGCUGAGCCGUCGAAUCACCCAUUCGCGAGCUCUGCAGACAUGAGCUUUUCGCAGCUUCACGACCCAACUCAAGAGCCUAUGACUCAGCUCUCAAUUAACGAGCCAAUGAGUUCAUCGCACUUGUCGCUGUUCGACUCUUCAGCCGCCAGCACAUACCAGUCUCCGUCUAAGGGCCCUCUAGAAAUGACAGAAAAUCCACAACAGAUUCCUCCAGAGGCUCCCGCCACGCAGAGUGCUGAACUAGUUGCCCGGCGGUCAGGCUUCAUCGGUGAUCUAGAAAAAUCAGUUGAGGCGCAAGAAGUAUACAAAAAGUUCUGCAACGACUACCCUGGCUACACCGGUGAUUACGGCCAUUUCACCGAGCUCUGCUCAAAACUACAGGCUGUCCGAGCCCAAGGCUUGCUACACCGGUCCAACCUGUGGGAUGAUUUUAUUAUCAUGCACCUUCAGCAGUAUCCUUCCUAUCUGGACAGCUGCACGUCCCAAACAUCUACUGAACCACAGAGCUAUGAGAAUUAUUUCACCUCGAAUUUCUCAAAGUCAGUGAAUAGGAAACGCAGUCUGUUGGGUUAUACCAUCGAGGUCGUUGCAUCCCAGUUCGCUCCGCGAGAAGUGACGCCUACACAGGCUAGCAGCCAGAUGCAUCCUCCCUCUCAGACCGAGGCAGCACCCCAAUACUCCCUGCCUGAAGUUACACCUACACAGGCUAGCAACCUGCUGGAUCCUCCUUCUCAGACCGGAGACGGCAUGAACACCUCACUCGCAACAAGCUUCGUGGACAAAUUUUCCAACUUCCACGCCCAUUCUUUUGAUGAACCUGUCAACCACGGUCUCCCGGUCUUCCAUUCUGGUCUCCCUGCGCUGGACAACCACGCAACAUCUUCGAUGGACACCGGCUCUUCAUCUGUACUCAUCAAACUUGAAGGCUCCGACGAAGUGGAUCCAGAUGAGAUACUGUGUACACAGACAGCGCCCAUGAGUUCACUCAAUGAUAAUCCCGCUCUCUACAACCCUCAGCCAGAUACCGCUGAGAGUCAUUCCACGGAUAGUCAAAGUGCAGUCUUCCAAGACGAACAAGACGAUGUUCAUCCCACAUACAGUCAAGUCGCAGUCGAACAGGACGAUGUUCAUCCCACAGACAGUCAAAGCGCAAGUGUCCAAGCCGAACAGGCUGAUGCUCAUCCUGCAGGCUCUCAAAGCGCAAAAUUCCAAGACGAAAGGGGCGAUAUUAGUAUGGCCGAAGUUGAAGAAACGGACAAUGAGGAAUUCGACCCCGAUGACACCCGUCACGAGACUGCCAGUGUUGAACUCGGGGAUGACACAUUUAUCUCAGCUACCUCCCAGUCACAUGCUGACGACGUCCCUGAAACACAACCCGAGAGCGAAGACGAGCAGCAAGAAGAAGAAAAAGAAGAAGGAGAGAACUGGUUUGUUUCGAUGCGGCAUAUCUGGUCCAGGAAUGAGCCUGUUUGGUCCGAUCACCCCACGACCCCAUUCAAGACCUGGGCCGAAGCCGACCAGAACGUGCUGAGCGAGCGACGGCGUCGCGGGGGAGCUAAGAUUCUCCUGGAUGAAAAAGGAGUCAUUCGUCGGCCAACACAUCGUUAA